CUCAAUUUGUUUUCCCCUCUCUCACUCUCUCUCUCCGGUCUUUUUCUUCCGUUUUCUCUGCCCAGUUCUCUCCAAUGAGACCCUGUAGUUUUGGAGAGAGAGAGACUCAGACCUGAUUGCUUUAUCUUAAACUUGCACAUUUUCUUUAGCAAUGGGAGCUCGUUGCUCCAGAUUUUCUCUCUGCUGGUGGCCCUCCAAUCUCAAAUCCAACGUCCCUCAUUCCUCCGAUCUCGAGAAGUCCGGGGAAGAUCAGGGGCUGUGUUUGCCUGUUUUCAGAGAAUACAGUUUGGAUCAACUAAAGGCUGCGACCUCAGGAUUCUCGGUUGACAACAUUGUAUCGGAACACGGUGAGAAAGCCCCCAAUGUUGUGUACAGAGGCAGGCUUCACGACCACCGUUGGAUUGCCGUAAAACGCUUCAACAAGUCUGCCUGGCCCGAUAGUCGCCAAUUCCUUGAUGAGGCGAGGGCGGUGGGGCUGCUGAGGAGUGAGAGAUUGGCGAACUUGAUUGGGUGUUGUUGUGAAGGUGAUGAGAGGUUACUCAUUGCGGAGUUCAUGCCUCAUGAAACUCUCUCCAAGCAUUUAUUCCAUUGGGAGACCCAGCCGCUGAAGUGGGCAAUGAGGUUGAGAGUGGCUCUGUAUUUGGCACAAGCAUUGGAUUAUUGCAGCAGUAAAGGGAGAGCACUGUAUCAUGACCUCAAUGCUUAUAGAGUUCUAUUCGAUCAGGAUGGAAAUCCCAGGCUCUCUUGCUUUGGCCUAAUGAAGAAUAGCCGGGAUGGGAAAAGCUAUAGUACAAACUUGGCUUUCACUCCUCCAGAAUAUUUGAGGACAGGUCGAGUGACACUGGAGAGUGUAGUAUACAGUUUUGGGACCCUAUUGCUUGAUCUUCUCAGUGGCAAACAUAUCCCCCCCAGCCAUGCACUUGACCUGAUACGUGGAAAGAGUUUUCUGAUGCUGAUGGACUCGUGUUUAGAGGGUCACUUCUCAAAUGAUGAUGGCAGUGAAUUAGUGCGGUUAGCCACACGGUGUUUACAGUAUGAAUCUCGUGACAGGCCAAAUGUGAGGUCUCUUGUGACUGCUCUUGCUUCUCUUCAGAAAGAAACAGAGGUACAAUCACAUGUUUUGAUGGGUAUUAUUCAUGAAUCUGCUUCUUCAACCCAAACAUCAAAAUUAACGCCUCUUGGUGAAGCUUGCUCAAGAAAGGAUCUAACUGCCAUACACGAGAUAUUGGAGACCAUUGGGUACAAGGAUGAUGAGGGCGUAGCAAAUGAUCUUUCAUUCCACAUGUGGACUAGUCAAAUACAGGAGACCUUAAAUUCUAAGAAGCGCGGGGAUACUGCUUUUCGAGCUAAAGACUUCUCUGCUGCCAUUGCUUGUUACACACAAUUUAUUGACGGUGGAAACAUGGUAUCACCCACUGUGUUUGCAAGACGCUGUUUGUGUUACUUGAUGAACGACAAGCCACAAGAAGCUCUUGGAGAUGCUAUGAAAGCCCAAGCAGUAUCUCCUGAUUGGCCCACUGCCUUCUAUCUUCAAGCCACUGCCCUCUUUAGCCUGGGAAUGGAAAAUGAUGCCUGGGAAACGCUCAAAGAUGGGUCUUCCUUGGAUUCCAAAAGGAAAAGACACUGAAAAUGUAAAGGUUUGUCUUGGUCGUUCUUAAAAAACAAAAAGUUCUUGUGUCUAUCUGUUUUAUACUUCUCCAUGGCAAUUGAGUUUUGCAGCAUUGGGCUAUUGAUUGUAAUGAGGACACACUUUAAUUGUGGAUAGGGUGAUUGUGUUUCAUUUAUUAAGCAAUUAGAGGAAAGCUUCAAUUGUACUCUACUAGCAAGUCGCAAUUUUGUGUCUUAAAAUGUUGUUCAGUUGAUGUGAAAUGAGUAAACUUUCUCAGUUUUACAUCUAUA